AUGCUCAUCGGUCUCCGCUUCGACGCCACGCUGCCCGUGCGGCACCGGCAGCAGCUUGCGGCGGUCCCUCCGCCUCUCCUCAACGAGCAAGCAACCUGCGCCGAACUCGCCGCCUGGAUCGCCUCUGUCGCCGGCGUCGGCGUCGGCGGGUUGCCGGUCCUGUCCCUCGGUGGGCUGGUGGCGCCGCCGUCGCUUCCGGCGGCGCCCUUCCUCGCCCGCGCCGACGCGAGGGACCUCCUCAUCGACGUCCAUCCUCCGGACGACAACCUCUCGCUCCCAGCUGCGGCUGCCGCCUCCGCCGCCGCCGUCGCCGCCGUCGCCACCGCCGCCACCGCCGCCGGCGCCGGCGCCGAGGCUUCGCCGCAGGUGUCCGCGACGGCGGCGGCGUCGUCCAAGCGUGCGCGCCGCUCGUCGGCCGACGCCGCCGACGCGGGCGGAGCCUCAAAGGCCGCAGCCAAGGAGGAGCGGCGGAGGGCGCGCCGCCGGGAAAAGGAGGAGAAGGAGGCGAGGGAGGCGAGGGAGGCGAGGGAGGAGGCGAGGGGCGAGGAGGACGCGGGCAGAGGACUGGAGGUGUGA